CGCGAAGCCCUUGAAGUCCAACAAGUCGCAACGAUUGCGCUAAUCUGCGCAUUUAAUAGGCGGUAGAUAGAUUUGCCUGUAUAGCCAGCGGCACAGCAGCAACUCCAUAUCACGCUCUUAUUUCUGCCUCCAUUAAUUGUCCCACCCUUCCUUGAAUAAGUCACAUUUCAUACCCAUGGCAUGGCUGUCUACAUUGUCCUGCCAACCCUCGACGAGCUCGCUCGAAUCGUUGGAAAUGACCCCACCCCCAAAGACUCAGUGAAGGCAAUGAAACGGCCUCUGGGAUACUCAACUACUACUUCCCGACGCCGGACGUGCCGAUUCCCUGGGCAUCAUGCACUUGCCCACCUAAAACCUACUAGUUAUGAUGAUGAUGAUGAUGACGGUGCUAUAAGCACCUCGUUGGCGCAACUUGAGAGUACCGCUUGAGUAUGCCAAUACUAACUCGCCCGCGGCUUGCUGGGCGAUUCGAUUCAAAGGCUGAUCUUCAGGUUUUUACACAUAUACCAAGCCUGCACGACUUGUCCCGUGGAGCUAUACCUGUAUUGCUGUAAUCAAUGGAUUUGGUGAUAUUGGCUGUGUGGUGUCUCAAAAACCGAUGUGAACCAUAUUCCCACAGCAGAACAGCAGAACAGCACGAUGCACAAGGCAAUGCGUGCCUGCUCAGGGCCGGAGCAAUUAGAAUUUCAAUAUAGAUGGCUCCGUUCACAGCGGCCUCGAGCACCCCUGCAGCUGAUUAUGCGGCAUUCCGAACCUGACCUCCGAUGUCUGCUUGCUCAUGGGCUUCUUCAC